CUGACCAAUAAAUUUCUAAUAAUUUUGUCCUUUCACUAACAAUACAAAGUAGACUAUGAACAAUAUAUCAAUAACAAAAGACCUCAAAGACAAAAAUAUAAGAGCCAAACUUAAAAUCCAAAAAGAAAUACUCCUCAAAGAACAAGCUAAGAGGAAAAAACAGGAAAAGAUCAACAAAAUCCUUAAAGACCUUGACAAAAUAAAGCUUAAAGACAUCCCAAAAGUACCCUAAUCCCCUUCCUUCCUCCCUUAAUUCUCCUCAAUCCCUUCCCUAUUGUCACCCUCACUUCCUCUAGUCACAAUCCCCCUUCUGUACAGAAGGGGCUCAAGGCCAGCGCCAGAAGCAGCACAGGAGUCACAGAAGAGAACGGUCUCAGACUAAGAACUAUAACAAGCUUCGAGUCGAUAAGCUGAAAAUAGGUACCUGUCAAAACAACUUUGUAGUAAAGAUAGAUUUUGAAAUGAAGAAAGCAAGAUCAGUUACCAUUGAGCCCAAGAAGAGAGAGAAAGACAGAAAUUUAAGGAGCAUAAGAAGAAUGAUUAAUAAAAUGGAUCUUGUCGGCAAGGACGUGGUUAAGCAGUUCAUAAGCAUGCUAGAAAAAUAAGAAAGCAAAAGGAUUUGUGAAGAAGAACCCCGAGCUUGAGCUGGCCAUCUCAAAUCUACCUCCCAAGUUGAUGAAGAUGGCAAUGGGAGAGGAGGGAUUUAUAGGAGAGAGCCCAUAUAAGGGAUGAAAAUAUUGUAAAAAUAAACCUAAAUAAAGAAUCUCAGUACUGAGUUUAUUGCCAACAUAAUAAAUCUCUCAAUUUCAGGACUUUAGAUAAUGCAAGGCUUCUUGAAAGUCCAAAAGAGGCAUAUGGAAAAUGUUCUAUCCCAGAAAUUUAUCGGAAUAGAGUUGAUGCUAAUUUUCAAAUGAAUCUGAAUACAAUUAGAAGACACAAAAGGAACAAGUCAACAAAAAUAGGAUUAAAUGAUGAUCUCAAAGCUGAUCUUGAUUCUACAGGAGCUGCAAGGAGGAGAUUAAUCAAAAGGAUAAGCAAAGAGCAUAAGUCAAGCAUCACAAAUAAACUAGCUAAAAAUCCAAAUAACGCUCAAGAACUUAAACGAAUGGUUGCUAACUUAGAACCACUAGACUAUGAAGCUAGCUACAACGAUUCUCUUCUGAGAUCAGAAGCUUUAAAAAUGAAGCAAAGAAGCAGCCUAUCAGUUAUGACAGGAGGAAAGAGGAAGGAGCCUGUUUUAGUCCUUCCAAAAAUUACAAGAUCUUAAUUGACUAUAAACCCUUUUUCAACUAUAAUUUUCUUACCAUAUGUCAACUCAUGAAUGCUUUAUUUAAGGAUGUAGUCACUUUUAUUCUUGGUAUCAAAUUGGGAUCCGGUUUGUGAGAGAGCAGAUUUUAUAUUCUCUUAUGAAAAAGAACGCUAGUAGUUUUACCCUUUUUAGUUUUCACAAAAUUCAAAGGGUUUCUCAUAGUGGAGUAAGAAGUUAGACAUCUUUCUUUUGAAGUUUGCAUUGAAGUAGAAUUCUUAGAUUCUUCGAUUGAAGAUAUAGGAUGAUUCAAACCCUUCUCAUCAUUCUUCUCAUUUGAAUGUAAUAUUUUAGGAGAGUUUUCAUUUAAAAUUCUUACAUGCUUAUGUUUAGCUACUAUCUUCUUUGGUCCUUCAGCUUCAGGAGGGAUUAAUAUUUUCCUUUUGAAGAUAUUCUUCUUCUCAUUCAAUAGAGAAUUGCUAUCAUUUAUGUGAAGUCCAAGGUUGAUAUUGAUAGUCUUAUUUUAAUCCAUCCAUUUUCUCCUUAAGUUCUUGCCCAUAAAGUGCGUAUUUGUCAUUGGUUAAAUACCCUUUAUCUAGAUGUUAGAAGUUUUUAU